AUGGCUGCACCUGCAUUCCGCCUCCUCCUCCUCCUCGCUGUCGCCGGAGCAGUUGCUGGUGCCGAAUACGACCUACCACCAGCCGUUGUCGUGAUGAACUUCACAGAGUUCGGCCCCGUCGUCGAUGACAUGAUCUCCGUGGGCGUGGAGACUCACGACCUCUCCAUCGGCGGCUUCACCAACGGGCGCGGCCACUGGCAGUCCUUCCCAGGCCACGACCACCUGUUCCCGGCCUCCACGCCCCUCCCGUUCGGCAACAGCUACGAGGAGCUCAUCGGCGGCCUGGCGAACCUGCCGGACCUGCCGCUGGGGCGGGAGGCCAUGCAGCAGGCCGCCAGGGUGCUCUCCGCCUACGACCCGGCCACCACCACAGACCACCAGCCACUGAAGCGGGCGCUGGCGUCGCUGAAGGUGAUGCUAUCCGAGGCCGGCCGGCUGCAGCCCAUCAGCGAGAGCGUCGCCAGGGGAUGGGAGACCGAGUCCCGCGUCGCCCCGGAGCACCUGCCCUACAUCGAGCACUGGGACACCAUGUCCUACGAGAUCAUCCGCGCCAACCGGACGGGCAAGUGGGGCGGGCCCUUCACCGGCAUGCUGGAGAAGAGCGCCAACAUCCGCAGCAUGGACGAGGCGCUCGCCGUGGUCAAGGUGCUGCUCAACCCCAGCUUCGAGCAAGUGCUCAUGGCUCACGCCACCAUCAUCAACCUGGAGUAA